UUUGAAGUGGGCUUAAACCCUGAGUUUUUGCCUAUAUCUUUGCGAACCAGAACCAGAAAUCCGGCGCCGCAGCAAUUUCUACCUGCUGCCAUCAAUUCUUUUCAGUCGAUCAAACAGAAAUCGCGCUUCGGCGCACACCACAGCGUCGCAAUGCCGGAGACAAUGCCCGCUCCGCCGCCGCAUUACGGCUCCAACCGGAACUGCACGUGCAUGCAUCCCCGUAAGAAGAUGGGGAUGAUGCACAUGACCUUCUUCUGGGGCCACAACGCCGAGGUCCUCUUCGACCGGUGGCCAGGCGCCGACCCCAAGAUGUACGCCGUCUCUCUCGCCGUCGUCUUUGCCAUGGCCGCGCUCGUGGAGCUCCUCUCUGCCUGCAGGCUCGCCGGGCGAUCGGGUUCGAAGGGUAACGUCGCCACGGGCGUCCUUAGGACGGUUCUCUUCACAGUGCGUUGCGGGCUGAACUACCUGGUGAUGCUCGCCGUCAUGUCGUUCAACGGUGGCAUCUUCCUCGCUGCGGUCAGCGGCCACGCGCUCGGGUUCUUGGUCUUUGGCAGUCGGGUUUCUAAGAAGUCCGGCGGGCCGGGAUCGGUGCCGGAGCGGGCUGUUCUUCCAUCCGCCAGUUGCUGAGCCCCCUAUAGCCGUCGUACAUCGAACAAGUAAAGGUUCUUUUCAUUUUUUGUUGAAUAGUCUGAAGCUAUUAGCAUUUGAACCAAAACGCUAUCUUUAUUUUUAUCAUUGCGAUCUUAAUCUUCGUUGCGGUAAUGCGA